GCCGGCGGGUGAGAGCGCACCCUGGCAGCCUACGGGGCUGGAGGGUGCUGUGUGGCUGGGGACCGCGCGGUGGGACGGGCGUGCGAAGAUCACGGUGACCCUGUCGGAUCUCCUUGCGGACACUUGGGCACACUGAUAUCUUGACCCCUUUCCAAGCGCACCUGAUGUCUCAUUUGUCUCUGGCUUUUCUUCGACCACCACUUUGGGGGCUGAGGCCUUCAUGGGGCCUCCCCAGGUCCCAUGCCCUUUCAACCCAACCGGAGCCCUAUGGGUCCCCCAUCUCCCGGAGGAACCGUGAAGCAAAGCAGAAGCGCCUUCGAGAGAAGCAGGCGGCGCUGGAGGCUGGCAUAGUCGGGAAGAGCAAGUCUCCUGCAGAAUCCAGUAAGGCCUGGACUCUUAAGGAGAUAGUAUUGUAUGAAAUCCCUACAGAACGCGGUGAAAGGAAAGAUGUAUCAGGGCCCUUGCCUCCUGCAUACAGCCCCCAAUAUGUUGAGGCUGCCUGGUAUCCCUGGUGGGUACGAGAAGGCUUCUUCAAACCGGAAUAUCAGGCCCGGCUACCCCAGGCCACAGGAGAGACUUUUUCCAUGUGUAUCCCACCCCCCAAUGUCACUGGCUCCCUGCACAUCGGCCACGCACUCACGGUGGCCAUACAGGAUGUCCUAGUGCGCUGGCACCGGAUGCGUGGAGAUCAGGUGCUGUGGGUCCCUGGUUCAGAUCAUGCAGGCAUCGCCACGCAAGCUGUGGUCGAGAAACAACUGUGGAAGGAGCGAGGGGUGAGGAGACACGAGCUGAGCCGGGAAGACUUCCUUAGGGAGGUGUGGAAGUGGAAGGAGGAGAAAGGUGGAGAGAUCUGUGAGCAACUCCAAGCUCUGGGGGCCUCCUUGGACUGGGAUCGAGAGUGUUUUACCAUGGAUGCUGGCUCCUCAGUGGCUGUGACUGAAGCUUUUGUGCGACUCUACGAGGCAGGGCUGUUGUACCGGAACCAGCAGCUCGUCAACUGGUCAUGUGCUUUAAGAUCAGCCAUCUCAGAUAUUGAGGUGGAGAACCGGCCCCUGCCUGGCCACACAGAGCUUCGACUGCCUGGCUGCCCCACCCCUGUGUCUUUCGGCCUCCUUAUUUCUGUUGCUUUCCCUGUGGAUGGAGAGCCUGACGCAGAGGUUGUGGUAGGGACCACGAGGCCAGAGACACUGCCUGGAGAUGUGGCCGUGGCCGUUCAUCCAGAUGACUCCCGAUACGCACAUCUACAUGGGCGACAGCUUCGUCACCCCUUGACAGGGCAGCUUAUCCCCCUUAUCACAGACUCUGCUGUUCAGCCACAUGUGGGCACAGGGGCAGUGAAGGUGACUCCAGCCCACAGUCCUGCUGAUGCGGAGAUGGGAGCCCGACACGGCUUGAGCCCCCUGAGUGUCAUUGCGGAGGACGGGACCAUGACUUCCGUCUGCGGGGAGUGGCUGCAGGGUCUUCACCGAUUUGUGGCUCGGGAAAAGAUUCUCUCUGUACUGAGGGAGAGGGGGCUUUUCCGGGGCCUGCAGAACCACCCCAUGGUGCUACCCCUCUGCAGUCGUUCUGGGGACGUGGUGGAAUACCUACUGAAGAGCCAGUGGUUUGUCCGCUGCCAGGAAAUGGGGGAGCAAGCUGCCAAGGCUGUGGAGUCAGGGGCCCUGGAGCUCAGUCCGUCCUUCCACCAGAAGAACUGGCAACACUGGUUUUCCCACAUUGGGGACUGGUGUGUCUCCCGGCAGCUGUGGUGGGGCCAUCAGAUUCCGGCCUACCUGGUGAUAGACGACCAUGCAAAGGGUGACAAGGAGGACUGUUGGGUGGUCGGGAGGUCGGAGGCCGAGGCCAGGGAGGUAGCUGCCAAACUGACAGGGAGGCCAGGAGCGGAGCUGAGGCUGGAGAGGGACCCUGAUGUCCUGGACACGUGGUUCUCUUCUGCUCUGUUCCCCUUCUCUGCUCUGGGCUGGCCCCAAGAGACCCUGGACCUGGCCCGUUUCUACCCACUGUCACUUUUGGAAACGGGCAGUGACCUCCUGCUGUUCUGGGUGGGCCGCAUGGUCUUGUUGGGGACCCAGCUCACGGGGCAGCUCCCCUUCAGUAAGGUGCUUCUUCACUCCAUGGUUCGGGACAGGCAGGGCCGGAAGAUGAGCAAGUCCCUGGGGAAUGUGCUGGACCCACGGGACAUCAUCAGUGGUGUGGAGCUGCAGGUGCUGCAGGAGAAGCUGAGAGAUGGGAACCUGGACCCCGCAGAGCUGGCGAUAGCAGCGGCAGCACAGAGAAAGGAUUUCCCUCAUGGGAUCCCUGAGUGUGGGACAGACGCCCUGAGAUUCACACUGUGUUCCCACGGAGCCCAGGGGGAUGACCUGAACCUGUCUAUCUCUGAGGUCCUGAGCUCCCGCCAUUUCUGCAACAAGAUCUGGAAUGCCCUGCGCUUCAUCCUCGGUGUUCUAGGGGAGAAAUUUGUACCCCAGCCUGCAGAGGAGCUGUCUCCCUCCUCCCCUGUGGACGCCUGGAUCCUGAGCCGCCUGGCCCUGACUGCGCUGGAGUGUGAGCGGGCCUUCCUCACACGGGAGCUCUCGCUCGUCACCCACGCCCUGCACCGCUUCUGGCUCCACAACCUCUGCGAUGUCUACCUGGAGGCAGUGAAGCCGGUGCUCUCGCACUCUCCCCGCCCCCCAGGGCCGCCCCAGAUCCUGUUUUCCUGCGCCGACAUUGGUCUCCGCCUCCUCGCCCCGCUCAUGCCCUUCCUGGCUGAAGAGCUCUGGCAGCGGCUGCCCAGCAGGCCGGGCUGCUCCCCAGCCCCCAGUGUCUCGGUUGCCCCCUACCCCAGUGCCUGCAGCCUGGAGCACUGGCGCCAGCCGGAGCUGGAGCGGCACUUCUCCCAGGUCCAGGAGGCUGUGCAGGCGCUGAGGGCUCUCCGUGCCACGUACCAGCUCACCAAGGCCCGGCCCCGAGUGUUGCUGCAGAGCUCAGAGCCUGGAGAGCAGGGCCUCUUUGAGGCCUUCCUGGAGCCCCUGGGCACCCUGAGCCGCUGUGGGGCUGUGGGCCUCUUGCCCCCAGGUGUGGCAGCUCCUUCCGGCUGGGCCCAGGCCCCACUCAGUGACACUCUCCAGGCCUACAUGGAGCUGCAGGGCCUGGUGGACCCCCAGACCCAUUUGCCUCUGCUGGCUUCCCGAAGACACAAGUUACAGAAGCAGCUUGAUGGCCUCAUGGCCCAGAACCCAGUGGAGGGGGAGGCAGAGACUAAGAGGCAGCAAAGGCUUUCUGUCCUCCAAAUGGAAUUGUCGAAAUUGGACAAGGCAGCCUCUCACCUCCGGGAGCUGAUGAAUGAGUCUCCCAGCUCCAGGGAGCUCUGAGCUCUAGUUCCCACCAUCCCCGUCCAUUUCCCUUCCUCCCAGACCUGUCUUUGAGGACAGACAGACUCUUCAGCUGUCAGCUUUCAGGCACCUCAGAGACUUUUUCGUCCACUCAUUUUGUAACUGUGGAAGCAGACUGGCUUGGUUGGAGUGACUGCGGGCAUCCUUGAGACCCUCACCUUCCUGCCCUGGCUUUCUUCAGGAUGCAGUCCCACCCUGGAAGCUCAGGAAUGAGGAAAUACCAGACCGGCUUUUAAAAUCCA